GUAAUACUGUGCAUUCUCAUCCGGGGGUCGACGCAAUCCCUCCUAAACAAGUCAAAUCCGCGAUAGACGACGCGUCAGCUGCCCUAGUGGAAUUUAAAUACACACACAAGAGUCUUUAGGUGGUUUUUCCGUUUUCAUGGACGAAGAAGAUACAUCCGUGGACCUCCUCGAGUCCCCCUCCGAUGACAUUGCUGCGGAUCUUGUCUCUGAUCGCUCUGCAUAUGAGAAGCAAAAGGCUACUCUCAAGACCUAUCUUGAUUCCAUCCCUUACGAGUGCGAGUCUAUUGAUGUCAUGCAAGUCAAGCUUGAGUACAUAGUCGCCAAGUUGAUAGUCUGCGCUGAAUCCAAGAAUUGGUUGGUCCUCACAACCUGGGAUGCAAUCCUACAGUGCUGGCUGCAGAUGCGCUAUCCCAUGACGACCUCCAUCCGCGCCAAACUGGUCCGCUUUUAUUACGAAUUAUGCCUUCUGCCUGGCAUAGAAGUGCGCGUCAUCCGUAGCUGGGCAGAUAUGUUGUACCGCCUCUUAGGAUCCAAGACCGUUAAGCGCAAACUUGAGGCCACUGACCUCCAACUCCCCUGGAAACCCCUAUGGGAUGUGUUGUACAAGGAACUAUUCCCCAAGAACCGCCUCGCAGAAUUUCACGGCAAUCGUAAUUUAAAUAAUAUUUUGUUGUAUGUCGCGGAGAGCUGUAAGCGCUAUUUCCCUGCGACUGAUAUCCCCGAUAUGCUCGAGACGUUCUUGCCUAUCCUCACACCCGAUACUACAUUGACAAUGAUACCUGUUCUCGCAUCGUUCCUUCCGCCAACCCACCCACAUACCUACCUUCCCGUGAUAUUCAGGAUUUGGGAAGCUUUCAAUUCGCACUCCAUGGACGAUAGGUUUCUCGAAUUUGCCGGAAUCCUCGCGGAGGAACAUGUCGCUGGUAAGGAAGGACUUGCGGGAGAGGAAGGAGGUGCCGCAUGGAAAGAUGUCGGUAUCUGGACACAGGAAGAGUGGUUAAUGCUUGUUAGCAAAGGGAUCGAGUCGCUGUAUGUCCCUGUGGGCAAUUCGAGCAGUGUCACUGCCACAUCUGUUCAGGCAGAUGCUUCCGCGGCUCGCCAAGGCUCCAAAGUCAAGAAAACAAUUAGUAGAAUCAGUUCCUUGGCCAAACUGUUUGUGUACUCAAUGGCCAUUGAUGGCCCGAUACGCGGAGAUUCUGCAUCCACGCCUGGAACUCCCAAUGGCCAGCCAAUAGGAUACUUGGCUGGUUCGAAGGCGCUUGACUCGUUAGACAAACUGAUUACAAGUACAGAGUCCUUCUUUCAUCCAUCAAACUCCGGCCACUGGACGUUCACGCUCACGAAUUUGCUCCAACGUCUUACCGUCGAGUUUGCUGACAGAUGGCUUGAAGAACAGCAGCCUUCGUGCAAAGUUCCCUUGGCACAUCGUCUCACUCCUUCUCUUCGUCGAGCGUUCGUCAAUGUUUUGCGCACGCCUGCAUUUCUUGCCAUGUUUUCCAAGGAUUCCUUUUCGAUUAGCAUGGCACAAGGUGCACUGCGCACUAUGGCAUUACUUGAGCCGACGCUCAUUAUGCCUGAACUCCUCGAGCGUGCCUACGGUGGUUUGGAAGUGGUAAACGAGACCCACCGUACCACCGCAGUGUUGAAAAUGCUUUCCGGUAUUUCACUUCCGCUUGUCUCAGAGAUCAUAUGGAGGCCCGGACAAAAGCACCUACUUCCUCUUCUUGAACUUUGCCUGCCUGGUAUUGAUCUGAACGACCCAAAUAAGACUAUCUGUGCUACGUUGUUCAUCGUUAGCGCCAUACAGCAUGUCAAGGUUGGAGAUCUCUCUAUGCACCACUCUGGUUUCGCUUUGUCUGGGGAUGCGCCAGGUGAAGAGCUCAUGGAAGUUGAUACCGAGGACACCCAGAUCCCUGAAGGUGUCGAAAUCAGCCCAUUCGUUUCACUGGGCAGGCAAGAAGAGAGGACUCUUGUCCGGGAGAGCACGGCAGGCUUCGCAGAUUGGGUGACGACCCUCUUUCGCCGAGUACUAGCUCUAUACGAGAAUCUUCCUGAGGAGGGUGGGAAGAAGAAGACUACCGGCGGAAAAUCGGAAGAGACGGUUCUGAAAUCGAUCAAGAGUAUGCUCGACGUGGUCACCUUGCAUCUCUCAGACCAGUUAUUUGAUCUCGUUUUGAAUCUCGUCUUCGAUUACGCUGCGACAAAUGCGAAGUCUAACGCCAUCCGAGCAUUUGGGCAGCUUGUAGCAUGCCUGGCACGCGCACAACCUCAGAAGACAUUGGAUAAGUUUUUGCCGUCGUGUAUCUCACGCAUACAAGAAGAACUCAAGUAUGGGGCUUCGGGCGUUCGGACAACAUCAGCACACGAUCUUGUUCCAUCUGACACAACGCUGCACUGGAACAUGUCAAUAUUGCGUGGAUGUCUUGCGUACGGCGCACAUGGUCUCCUCAAGCACAAAGAAGAUAUCAUCAACCUUUUAUCCUUGCUGUUGAACAAGACGAAGAAUGAGCGUGGGUACACGGGCACCGCUGCGAUUGCCGCGAGAGUGAUGCAUGCACUGUCUGGUGUCUACCCAUCUGACAACCGCUUCGUGAACGAAGAUAUAUGGAAUCAGCCUGAGUUCGGCCAGUCGCACAACACUCAAUGGGGUCGAUUAUACGAAGCAAAGGAUGUGAAGGUGGAGUGGCACGUUCCAAGCGCCGAGGAAGUGCAAUUCAUUCUUGACAUCUUAGACCGGGUAGCAGCUCCUGCGCUCGAUAAGAUAGAAGACUUGGCGCGGUCUACUGAACAUUGGGAUGAAGUCGUUAGGAAUGACUUCUGCCGGUACCUCUUGUUCGUGAGGUCUGUCUGGAGCGGCCUACCGUCAUUCCUGAAAGAAGGCCCUAAAGAUGUAGUGCACCCAUGCCUCAAUUCAGAAGUAGAACUCGAAGAACUCAUUGUUGAUCACCUUGACGUCAAUGCUGGAUUUGUUCUCACUGAUCCUAACGAUCCUCGCUACCAACAAGCCUUGCAGCACCGCGAUCGUUUCGGCAAUGUCGCGCACAUGGCCGCGGUCGCCUUGCGCCGAAUCCAAGGAGGUGAAGAUCAUUUGGAUGCUGUCGUCGCCGUCGUAAAGGCCAUCGACACUUACUUCCUGGAUUACGGGAUGAGUCGGUCAGACUUCAUCACAUUGCAAAAGAACUUUGCUCAGUCGAGAGAGGUAAACCGAGUGUCGGCGAGGCAAAAAGAGAACUCGCGAAUUGCGUGGAUAAAAAGAGCACACGUAUACCAUUGUGGCCGGCUCUAUAUCCACGGUUUGUAUCGACGAAGAUCGUCCCUGGACGACACAUUACUGAAGGAAGACCUUGCGGAGCUCUGUUUGUCACCAUACACGCGAGUGCGACGCCUCGCUCAGAGUGUGCUGCACAGCACGUGCGGUUCCUAUGUACGAGCGACAAGAUACAUAAUGCCAUCUAUUUUCAACGCUCUAUCGAAAGGCAAUGAUCCUGAUAGGAUCAAAGGCGCCUUGUAUGUCCUUGGUAACAAAGGCACUGCCGCGCUGACCAUGUCCGAGCCACCGCUGCGACGACAAUACCUCGUUGCUCUGCUAGAAUGCCAGCAUGAGGAGAAACCCUCGAUACAGAAGCUUGUUACCACGUUCUCCACGGAGUGUUUAAUACAUCUCACUGAAGAAGUCAUAAGGACUUCUGCAUACACAGCCACUACUCCUGGGGUUCAAGCCUCUAUUCGCGCUCUUGAAACAGAGUUCUCGCCUGCCGUCGUGGAUAGAAACCUAACGAUGUUGGCGGUGGAAUGCGCUGCUAACCGUGCAAGACAAUGCUUGGAGGAGACCGAUAAGACUGUCCACUCCAUACUUGAGAUUGCCUCUCGGCCUACAACACAUUGGAGAUAUGUACACAUGGCCAUAAAGUUUUUGACGGGCUUCAUCAGACGCGACGCAGUGGCUCCUCCGGAGUUAGCGCGCUUCUUCAUGGAGCAAACGCUUAGCCCGCAACCAGGAAUAAGGACUAGUGCUGAGCAGGCAGUCGUGAAGACCGCCGUUCUCAUGAAGAUACGAGCGUACGCCAAAACUGAUGACGAGCUCUGGCUCUGCAAAUGGCAGAGUCCCUUUGCGAGGACUAUUUCCAUCAGCAACCCGCCUGCUUUCCUUGCGCAGCUAGAUCAGCCUGUUAAUGAUGUAGACGGGUUUUACGUCGACCUGCUAGACACUGGCUUUAUGGCUUGGACGAAGACCAUCAAAUGUUAUCCUGUGAAUCUGACCAAUUCAGUGCCAUGGGACUUAGCGUCAAGACAGUGCUUGCAAGCCAUGCGCAGCUUCAUAGGAGAAGGGUAUUUUACGCAGCUUGCAACACUGUGGAGCCAAGAGUCCAGCAAGGCAUCUGGUCAACCACAUCUUCACGCAGAGAAUGUUAUUUUUAUGAUUACUCUAGCGAAGUUGUUUAACGGCGACCACCUGCAUCUAAUUCUUCCAGUUGUUGAACCAUUGAUGACCGAUGGGGAUAAGUUCAAGCAGGCAGCUGCGGCUGAAAUAUUGACAGGAUUGUUACGCGGGUCCAAACAUUGGCCCAGGAAAACGCGAGAGGAGCUUUGGUCUUGGCUCACCCCGCGCUUUGACGUGAUUCUCACUCAGGCGAAGCCAGAUACUGUUUCAUAUUGGACCUCGUUCCUGGAGCAUACCCUACUGAACCUCGACCCACGUCGCUUCCAGCCUUUGGUCAAUUGGAUAUUAUCCCUACAGCUUGACUUCCAGGGUGACUCUGCGUUUUCCAUGACGAAGGCUCUCAAUGUCAUCGUUGUAUUUAUUGAUGCUGUCGGUGUCCGGUUCAAUAGCCGAUCUGAGAAAUACGCGUCGAUUUUUUUCGACAAUGCGGACUCUAACUAUGCAGAGAUAAGGACUUCGAUAGCCAAUGCCCUGUGUCUGAUAGCCAAGUAUCAAUGGAGACCAGCAUACCCCUCUGUGGAUGCCCUCCUCGUGGCAUGCGCCGAGAGUCCAGAUCCACUCCGAAUCAGACAAGGGUUUUUCUCUGAUCAUGUGCAAUCGAUCAUCGACAAUCUGCCCAAAUGGAAGGAUGAACUUUCACAGUCACGGUAUGACAAAGUCGGCUUGACCAGUAAACCUGAACUCUUGAGCAUGUCAGAAUUGAGCGACAAUCCUGAACUUCAAAAGUACAGCAGCUCUGUGCUUCGUGUGCUAUCCUCAGUUUAUAUGCCGCCUUCGCUUACGCAUAUCGUCCUGGAUAAGCUGGUCUCAGCUAUUCAAUCAUCUGAGUCGUGGCGAAUUCGAUUGCAUGCUUUGCCUGCCCUGGUUGCGUUCUUCUAUCGGAAUCUCUUGACCAUCUCAUCAAGCGGGGUACUCAAAGUCAUGGAUGUAUUACUCGAUUGUUUAUCAGAUGAAAACGUCGAAGUUCGAGAAAUGUCGUCCAAGACCCUAUCCGGAGUAGUGAGAUGCUCCCAGCGGCAGACCAUCAUUCCAUUGAAGAAUCACUUCAUAUCAUUGGCGCGCAGCGUAAAGCUUCCUUCACGUACACAUAAUGACUACGGAGAGUCUCUUAGAAAGUUACAUUCCGCUAUCCUUGGCCUAUGUGCACUUAUUGAGAGUUCUCCAUACUCUGUCGAGCCAUGGAUGCCGUCCCUCACAGAAGUCCUGGCGAGACACGCAACAGAUCCGCCGCCGAUCUCGACGACGAUUCGUCACUGUGCUUCUGAGUUCAAGAAAGACACCUGGCACAAGGAUCAACUAGCGUUUGAUGAAGAUCAAUUACAGAGCCUCUCUACGAUGCUUGUUGGUACUUCAUAUUGUCUUCUUGAAAGAAUAUUUGUGCUAUCGAUGAUUAAUUCCGCCGAUGCCUGCGACAGUUUGGCCUAAGCAGUAUCCACUCCCGCCUGGAUGCUCGUGCCGAAUAGGAGCAAUGCUUUGUGCACCAUUAAAUGUGGCUUCAUCAUCGCAGCCAUUGAAAAAAUACGGAAGUAUUAAGGCAAUUCCAAGGCUUAUUGGCCCGCAAUCCAUCGGCU